GACGUCCUCGAGCCGCCCUCUCUCCCCGCCCCCCCGGCGGCUGGAGAGCGGCUGGCGCGCCCGGAUCCCAGGCCCGGGAGGUGCGCGGCGGCGGGACCGAGCCCCGCGCGGGGAGCGGGCACCAUGGUGCUGUCGGUGCCCGUGAUCGCUCUGGGUGCCACGCUGGGCACGGCCACCAGCAUCCUCGCGCUGUGCGGGGUCACCUGCCUGUGCCGGCACAUGCACCCCAAGAAGGGGGUGCUGCAGCGGGACCUGGACCCCGAUCCGGAGAAGGCGAAGCCUGGCGUGCUCCGGUCCCAGCAGUUCAAUGUCAAAAAGUCCACAGAGCCCGUUCAGCCCCGAGCCCUCCUCAAGUUCCCAGAUAUCUACGGCCCCAGGCCGGCUGUGACGGCCCCCGAGGUCAUCAACUACGCUGACUACACGCUGAAGACCACAGCAGAGCCCGCUGCACCUGCCAGCUCCCAGGCCCCGAAUGACAGCCGCCUCAAGAGGCAGGUCACAGAGGAGCUGUUCGUCCUUCCUCAGAAUGGUGUGGUGGAGGAUGUCUGUGUCAUGGAGACUUGGAACCCAGAGAAGGCUGCCAGAUGGAACCAAGCUCCCAAACUUCACUACUGUCUGGACUACGACAGGCAAAAGGCGGAACUAUUUGUGACUCACCUGGAAGCUGUGACCAGUGACCAUGACGGAGGCUGUGACUGCUAUAUCCAGGGCAGCGUGGCCAACACGAUGGGCUCCGUGGAGGCCCAGACGGCCCUGAAGAAGCGGCAGCUGCACACCACGUGGGAGGAAGGCCUCGUGCUCCCCCUGGCAGAGGGAGAGCUCCCCACAGCGACCCUGACACUGACCCUGAGGACCUGCGACCGCUUCUCUCGCCACAGUGUGGCCGGGGAGCUGCGCCUGGGCCUGGAUGGGGUGUCAGUGCCUCUGGGGUCCGCCCAGUGGGGCGAGCUGAAGACUUCAGUUAAGGAGCCGUCUGCAGGAACGGGAGAGGUCCUUCUCUCCAUCAGCUACCUCCCGGCUGCCAACCGCCUCCUACUGGUGCUGAUUAAGGCCAAGAACCUCCAUGCUAAUCAGUCCAAGGAGCUCCUGGGGAAGGAUGUCUCUGUCAAGGUGACCUUGAAGCACCAGGCUCGGAAGCUGAAGAAGAAGCAGACGAAACGCGCCAAGCACAAGAUCAACCCCGUGUGGAACGAGAUGAUCAUGUUUGAGCUGCCGGAUGACCUGCUGCGGGCCUCCAGUGUGGAGCUGGACGUGCUGGGCCAGGGCGCCGAGGGGCAGAGCUGCCCGCUUGGGCGCUGCAGCCUGGGCCUGCACGCCUCGGGCUCCGAGCGCAGCCACUGGGAGGAGAUGCUGAAGAACCCGCGCCGGCAGAUCGCCAUGUGGCACCAGCUGCGCCCGUAGCCAGCCGCCCAGGCCGCCACCCUCCUCGGGCGCAACCCGCUCCCAGCCCCACUGUCCUCCACGACCUCCUCUUGUGCCCCCUUCGCAUUCUGACACCAGAAGACAGAUGUGUGUGUGAAGACCAGGACCCUCUUCCUCUCCCAUCACACUCCUGUUUCUUAAAAACAAGCAAGGCCGGGCAGGGCGGAGACGGGACAUUUGGGUCAGGAGGAAUGCGUUUUGCUUACCUGUGUGAUUGAAGAGACGCUUAUCGUAUACGGUCUGUGUGCAGGUUUUGCAGCGGGGGUCAGGCCAGAUGCAGGGAAUGCUUAAUCUGGGGAAUAAUGGAUGCAAGGAAUGUGGCUUUUUAAAAAUAAGUGUGUCAAAAAGGGUGACAGAAAUGAUGUAUCCUGGAUCAUCUCAUAAGAAUUAGAGAUCGUCAGGGCAGAUGGAAUCUUAGCCAGCAUGAAAUCGUGCUACCGACCCCAGGCACUAACUAACCCAGCAGUUCUCAAACCUUAGUGCGUGGAGAAUCACCAGCAGAUUCCCAGGCCCUGUUCUAGACAUUCUGAAUCCGUAAUCCUGGCUGCACCCCAGGAGGCUGCAUUUUUAACAAACACAGAGUAGUUUGCAUGCCAAGGUUGGAGCACCGCACUUGGAGAGAUCCCUUUUACAACAUCCCAGGCAGGAUUUCACAGUCCUCGUCAGGCCCCCAACACCCUGGGGCUGCCAGUGUCGAUGCUGGACAUCCUAACUGUUGGUGUAAAAUAUAGGAGCCUCCGUUUUUAAUGUCAUCAUUUGAAUUCUUAAUGUUUUCAUCUGUGCUUUUCAGAUCCUGCUCUUGGACUGAAUUUUGUGCUUUCUAUUGAAUAAUUGUAUUGUUUCAUCUCAAAAUCAAUUUAUAUUAUACUUGGGGAGACCUUCCCUGACCAGGAAUAGGUGGGAUCCCCCGUUAGUUAUUGGGUGCUGGUUGUCAUGUCCACCAGCAUCACCGAAGUGACCCUCUGAGUCAAACGCAUCCCUUCUCAGUAUACCAGCCACUUGAGAAGAAAUUCAGUUUGGGGCACAUAAUUUAGUCUGGCUCUGUGGAGGUAGAGAAGGAAAGGAGGUCUUUUGCAAAUGUGCCCCUGUCCCUCUGUUUUUAGAACCUAUCACUUUCAUUAGUAAGUAAUGAGCAGCUAGGUUUCAAAUCACUACCUGAUUAUUCCAAAUAGCCUUGCACAUCAUUAAUCAUAUUAUGAGCCUUGCUGAGUGGUUAUAAUCUUUGCCUGGGAACCAGGAUUCCUGGGUUCUGUUGUUGACCAUCCAUAAAAUAGGACUAGUGACGUGGCAGCUCUGUCUCUGUGAAUGAUGUGAUAGAUGAAAUUGUGCUUGAGAGCUAUAGGCAUCCCUGGCUAGAAACAAACUCCGAGGCUGCCAGCAGAUCAUCUUUAAGCUUCAUGUUGGCAACUGACCAUGCCCGGAAAGCGCCAGAAUCAUCCCAGGCAUUUCCAGAACCAUGGAUUCUACAUUUGGACUCUUUAAUACUGACAUCUAAACUCCUUCAGAUGUCACCCAGGCCCCUGACCUAAAAAUGAAUUCCUUUCCUUCAGUCCUUUAACAAGUCAAAUCAUUCUUGGUCUCUCCCUAAGAAUCUGAGUAGAGACAUAUCAACGUUUUGUCGUUAUUUUUCCUUUCUGGACAGAAGUAGAAAAGCAUUUAGAAAUAAUUUCCACCUAUCCCCUGAAGAAACAGAAAAAUAUCUAAUCCCUCUCAAAUGGGAAAUUCUUUCACGUAACUGGAAAUCUCUCCCAUUAAGGCUGACCACCGUCUGCCAAGUAUUUUUAGACAAGGCAUUUGUUAGUGGUUUCCUACGACAUGUUUUUGAGAACCCCCUCACCAUUCUGGUCUCCCUUUUUUGGUUGGCAUGCUGAAACAGAACAAAACAUUCCCUAUGUAAGCUGACCAGUACUCUCUUCUUGGUAAUAUCUUCUACUCCGAUCUAAAAAAGUCUGGAUUCUAGACUUAAAUUCAGGAGACACGGGUUCUACUUCCUUAUAAGUCCAUUCACCUGCCUUACAGUCACACCAAAGGAUGUUUGAGGUGAGUUAAUGGGGCCCCUAAUCCCAGAAUACCAACUCCACCCACAGUCAUUCUAUCAUGAGGCAUUCAUUUCUUUGGAUCUCAAAGGUUUAGUGAUGGGAGUCAAAUGUCACUGCUUAACAUGUUAGGUGUCAGCCAUCACCUCACUUAACAAGGUUGUAUAGAAAUGAGACAGAUUUUGCAGGGGUUUUGCCUGUUGUGUUCACUGGUAUAUUCCAAAUGCCUAGAAUAGAACUGGCUCAUGCACCCUCAAUAAAUAUUUGUUGAAUGAAUUGAUGAAUGAAGACUGGAUAGGGGAGUAGGCAGGAAAAGACACAUUUUUAUGUAAACGGCAUAAAAAUCAGAGUCCUAGCUGAGUUCUCAAUGGUAAAGUCAUCAGACACCUCAGCAGUUGGCCUAGAAAUUCAUGACAUUGAGUAUUACCGUUCACCUAAUGACAAUUUAUAGCUCACUAUGUAAAUGUAAUUAACGAUAGACGAGAUUAUAAAAGCCGUGCUUUUCCACCAAAACUCCAGCUCAGUGAAUUUUAAAUUACCCAGAGAUAUCAGACUGCCGGAUGAAAAAACUUCACUAAUCUUUGCAUCAGCUUACCUUGUACCAGAUACACUUGCAAUUUACUACCACGUUAGAGUAAUCGAGUCUGUGUGAAUGCAUCUGGUGGUUUUUUUUUUUUGAAAGGAACACCUUGUCCUUUGCCAGGAAGCAUUUUCUAAGAAGUGCAUGAAUCAGAGGUGAAUUGGGAGUCGAAUCUCAUUAACCUGCAACUCACUCCUUGCCUCAAAUCAGUAUAUAUUUGUUGAGUGCCUAUUGAUCAAGACCUUGCACACAUCUGUCCAAUCUGAGAUGUGACUCUUGGUGUGGAUUAAAUGGCAAAUCACCCCAAGCAAAGCUACGUAGAGAGAACAAUUUGGGAGAGCAGUUCUUCAGGGGCAAUUCCUUUGGGAUGUAAAGGACUCCUGGGCAGCUUAAGUCAAAUGGAGGUGAGGACCACCAAAAGAGAGACCUAGUCCUUGGGAUUUGUUUUUGCUGCCCGUGUUCCUGUUGUCAAUUCUAAGUGUGUGUCUGUUUUGUAAUCAUGAACCGAAGCACAAAAAGACGCAUGAGAUGUUGUAGUCACAUGUCUGGUGUCACACUUUGGAGCAAAAAUCUUGCAGUGGUAAAUAAAUAAUUUCCAACAGGG